ACACGGUACAUGUGCUGCGUGCCAGCAGUGGGGGGAAGAAGAUAAUUUAAAAAUCAUAGUUAUUCUUUCUUGCAACAAUCACGAUUGCUGCAUUAAAUUUUGGCGGCCUUUGGGCCUAACUAGCAUGCUAACACCACGCUAGCGUAGACACCGACUCAUUUGCGCUGCUUCGUCUUUAACGUUAGCACGCAAGCUUGCAAAUCGGAUUUUGUAGCUGUGCUAAUUUAGCUUACAUUGGCUAGUAUCUAAACAAGCUAGCUAGUUACCUUACGGUAAUGCCGAAUAUAAUGUUUUGCAAUUUGAAUUGCAGUAACGUUAGUAAUAACGUUAGCUAUGAUACAUACAAUGCAAUUUUGUUAAGGUUACAUCCGUUUGUUUUAUUUUAACGUUACCCAUAACUUAGCUAGCUAGCUAGCUACUUCACGUCGUCAACAACAGACCUCCGCCCAGUUAACCUAGCUAGCUAGCUAACGCUAGCCCUUGCGUUAAUGUAGCAAACUAAACGUAGUCAACUUAAUCGGGCUGGCAAGACUUUGCCAGUGUGCCCGAUAUGUAAUGUCCGCUGGCUUUCUUUUGCCUGCAGCUGUAAUGUUCGCUAUCUCGAUCCCCUCAAACUACCAGCACUAACGGAACUCAAACUAAUAUCAGUUAAGGUUAAGAAGAUGCCGGCCGGUUUUGCAGUUUUAAGUCAGUUCUCAUUCACAAUGACAUGCCUUUCAAUAUCAUCGCAAUGUAUUUGGCCAUUAAUGUAAAGAGGAAUUGACCCAAGAGGUGGACAUAUCAUGUCACUGGAUACAUAUCCUCUCUCUCCGACUUGUGUCUGGAUCUGGUUCUCUCUCUUCUGAGGAGAUACGCCUCUGUGCAAAUAUACAAUGAAUGCAAUCCUGUUUGAGUCCGAGUUUAGCUAAGUGAUUGAUGGUUAAAAAUGCAUUCUUCCAUUAAUUCCAUAAAUUGUAAGGCAAAGAUUUUUGCCAUUGUGAGUUAAUUAUGCCAAAAACUGAUUGCCCUGGCUUGCAUCAAUAUUUACAUUAGUAGUCUUUAAAAAAAAUAACUUAAACUUUAAAACGUGGGUGUAUAUUUUUGCACGUAAGCUCGAAUGCUUAUGUCAUAAGAGGCAAAUGUACUCAGAUGAAAGCUCAAAUACAUCUCAAAAGUCAUAGUAAUUUCAAAAUAAUUUAACUUUGUUCGAUGGAGUGAUGCACAGAACUUAAUUAUUACUCCUUUAUUACUUACUAUGUUGUACACAAAAUAGCAAUUGUAUGAUUGUAACUAAGUAAUAAAAAUGAACAAACAUGUUAAGCAGGCAAAUAAAAUAAUGCAACCAAUGAAUAGCAGCAAACAUGACUAAAACAUCACACAGCAAAGAGGCUUGACAAUAUUUGGCAUUAGCCUACAUAUUGCAUGCAAACUUUAUAUCGACUUGACAGACAGAUGGUCAGCAUAGGAAAGGAGAUGUUGUGAACAAUGUCUGAACAAGAGUUGGAUGAAAUUGUGCAAAUAACAGUGGAGGACUUUAACCAGGAUGACCAAACAGACAUACUGGACAAUCAUGAAGACGAUGAAGAAAGGCCUCAGAAGAAAAAGAGGAAAUUAAGCAACAGCCAGGAGAAUAACAACAACCAAGACAUAUCAUUUAUUAAGAACCUGUUGGUCUCAUUCACUGCGUCAAUCAGCCAACGACUGGAGGGAAUUGAAUCAAAGUUACGUUCCCUGGAUGCUACAUGCAAAGCCCUUGGAUGCAAACUUGACAGCAUGGUGCCAUGUGCAAAGAGUCCUAUCCAGGUUCCUAUGGUUGCAGGGUCUCCUCAGGGGGCCACUCAAACUUGGAACAAAGUGCGAUGUGUUGUUCCACAAACAAAUGUGAUAGUGAGCAGUGAACUCCCGAAGGGCACUAGCCAAGAAGACUCCCCUCUGGAGAAUCUGCUCAGCAACACGAUGACCAGGAAGCGUCAGAACACAAUCCUGGUAAAGGUGCCGGCCCCUGAGGAGAGUCAGGAAGAACAAGACAGCGGCUCCGAGGCCAGCGACACUGUUUCUAAUGGUGGCCAUUCCAGCAACGCGCAAAAUGGCCAAAAUGUCACACUCAUCACACUCAAUUCAGAAGAUGAUUACCCAGAGGGCACCUGGUUGGGAGAUGAGAACAACCCAGAGAUGCGAGUUCGUUGCCCAGUGUCUCCAGCUGACAUGCUCCAUAUCACCACAAACUGCCGCACCGCAGAGAAAAUGGCUCUGACGCUGUUGGACUACCUGUUCCAUCGGGAGGUCCAGGCCAUGUCAAACCUCUCUGGCCAGGGCAAACAUGGCAAGAAGCAGCUGGACCCGCUCAUGAUCUAUGGCAUUCGCUGCCACUUGUUCCACAAAUUUGGCAUCACUGAGUCAGACUGGUAUCGCAUCAAGCAAAGCAUCGACUCAAAGUGUCGCACCGCCUGGAGACGCAAGCAGCGUGGCCAGAGUCUGGCUGUCAAGAGCUUCUCCAAACGCACACCUCGGAGUACAUCGGGAGAGGGAGGCGUGGGAGAAGAAACGGGCCACAUUGAGACUGCCACCCAGCAGACCUUGCACUACACACUGGCCAAUCAACAAGUCCAGUUCCACCGUAUUGGCGAAGAUGGACAAGUUCAGGUGAUUCCACAGGGUCAGCUGCACAUUGCCCAGGUGCCACAAGGAGAGGAGGUGCAGAUCACACAGGACAGUGAGGGAAAUCUCCAGAUCCACCAGGUGCAGUUUGGUCAGGAUGGACAGGUUUUGCGUGGGGCUCAGCUCAUAGCGGUGGCAUCAGCUGAUGGCGGGGCCACAGCAGUUGAGGGCUCCCCCCUCCCCCCUGACAUCCAAGUGCAGUACGUCCAACUAGCCCCCGUCACAGAUCACACAGCCGCCGUACAGGCUGCCGAGCUGGCCCCUGCCCUGCAGACGGACAUGGAGGUGAAAGAGGCCAUCCAGGGUGCCAUCCAGGGAGAGAACGGCGAAGUGGUCCAGAUCGUCACCUCUGUGGCCACCUGAGAGCCCCGCCUGGUUCACCGCAGCCCCGAACUCUGCUCCACAGCAUGGCCUGACGAGUCUCCGAGGUCGACAAAUGCGCACAGUCUGAUAAACAAUGGAGUCAGACAGCAUUUUUAAUAAAUAUGUCUAUUCUGUAGGUCACUGGUGAAACACAGGGAAAAAGCAUUUUUCAAUUUUUUUUUUUUUGUUUGUUUCCCCUGCAAAUUCCUCAAUUCUUUGCCAACCAGAUGUUACCAUGUGGAAAUGUUCACAGAGAACUUGAAAAGACUGUGAUACUCCAAAAUCAGCUGUGGCCUCUCUGGUGUUUUCAUCACCAUGAGGACCUGGCCCACUGCAGAAUACACAAUGGGAUUAUUGUCUAUCCAGGGAGGAUGCUGCUUAUGCAGACCAUCACCCUGCCACUUCAUCAGCACACACGCUUGUUUACAUCAACUUUGGAAAAUAGUGAGGUUAUUUGGAGUUGAGCUGCUUGGCUGACCCCGAAAACCCCCACGAGGGUUUGAAAACCCCCUGAAUCCCACCUCAAACAGCCAGUACUGUGCUCCUUUUCUCGUCCAUUUCUUGUCACGGUGGACUGCAGUGGAAAGUAGCUUCAGCUCCGCACAGCUUCUCUUGGUUGUGAUUAAUUUGGUUUCCUGUCACUCUCCAUGAUUUAGUCCACACUAUGUCUGACGGCUGUGAGCCCUGCCUUCCUUUACUUAGCUCUUGUUGUUUUCAUAUUGCUUUAGCCGCACCGCUUUGUUCGUAUGUUUGUGCGUUUGAUUUAUCUCAUUGUUACAUGCCGAAAUUUCUGGGGAGCCUUAAUUUUGGAGGUACAAGACCAUGAACUAGAAGAGAUGGUGCCAGUGGUAGACAGUACAAGUUGCUUGUAGAAAACCAAGGAGACCUUGAAGUUGUUUAUUCCUCCCAGUUUUGUCUGUGUGAAAGAUACAUUCAUGUGAAUAAAACAUGUUUGUGGUUGCCAUAAAA